UUCUCCCUCAUUUAAUCACAAAGGUUUCGGAGAAGAUCGCAUUGUAAUAAAGCCUGUUCGAGUGGACUUGAGUUCCGAGAAGGAUGAACAUUCUUCAUUGAAUGGGAAUUGGAAGAGCCAGAGUUCUGAGGAAUUUGGGAAUUCAUGGCGAAUAUCUGAGUUUUUAGAAGUUAUUUGGCAUUGGAAGUAG